AUGACUACCCCCCAUCAUCACCACGUUAACGACUACGAGCCUGGAACGGCAUACGAUACCACCGGUACCAACUAUGACUCGUCGGGCACCACAUACGACCUCACAGCCACGUAUGGCACAGCAGGCGGCGCUGCAGCCUCGGCCACGGACUAUGGCACGGAUGCCACCGGCGUCUCCUACGAAGCUCUGGAUGAGAAUGGAUACGGCAGCACAGCCUACGACCCCAGCACAGGUGCCUAUGACCAGCACUUCGACUAUGACACCGGCACCUCGCGCCGACAUCACCGCGAGCGAGUGAACUCGCAGGGAACCUAUCGACACCGCGAUGUGGACCACCGGGACGACGGGACGACCCGCGUCCAUCGCGAAUAUGCGAACCCCAAUACUGGAACCGCCUACCACCGCGACUAUGAGACAUGA